AUGCGAGAACUUUCUGUAGCUUCCACUUCUUAUUCAAUUUGGCGAAAUUUGCUUGAGAGAGAAAGGGGAGAGAAGAGUGCGGUGUACGGCUUGAUUAUUCGAUUGCAAAAAAUUGUUGGAUGGAUUAAUCAGAAGGAACGAAGAAAACCCAUAAACAGUUUGCCUAGAUAUAUUUUAAAAUUGAGAUGAGAUGAACAGAUAACCAUUGUCUCGAUUCUAGCAAGUGGUUGUUGUAAAGGUGGAUUUGAGAUUCAUGAGAUAAUAGGGUUUCUUUAUUUUCAAACUUGGAAAUUGGCUGUUUGGACCUGAACUAUCUGAAUAUUAUGCAUAUUGAGGAAGUGAGAAGAGAGGAGGGCAUAAGAACUGGAAAUGAACAACAUGCUGAGAAUACUGUAACCAAAGGUAUUUUGGUAAAUGAUACGAAAAGGGUUUUGGUUGGAGCAGGGGGGCGUGCUCUGUUUUACCCGACCUUACUGUAUAAUGUUCUUAGGAAUAAGAUUCAGGCAGAGUUUCGUUGGUGGGAUUUGAUUGACGAGUUUGUAUUAUUAGGUGCUGUGCCAUUCCCAGCUGAUGUCAAAAGGUUGAGAGAGCUUGGUGUUAGGGGUGUAAUCACCUUAAACGAGCCAUAUGAAACUCUCGUUCCAACUUCACUAUAUCAAGUUCACCAAAUUGCUCAUUUGGUACUUCCAACACGAGAUUAUCUAUUUGCUCCAUCACAAGGUGACAUCUGCAAAGCGGUAGACUUUAUUCAUGAAAAUGCAUCAUUUGGGCGAACUACCUAUGUGCACUGCAAAGCUGGUCGUGGACGGAGCACCACUAUUGUCAUCUGUUAUCUGAUUCGAUACAAGUAUAUGGCUCCGCAGUCUGCCUACAAUUAUGUAAAGUCAAUUCGGCCUAGGGUGCUAUUGGCAUCUGCCCAGUGGCAGGCCAUCCAAGAAUUCUACCAUAUGCAUAAUAUCCACCAUUUUGCCACUAUCUCAAGGAUGAUCCUCCUAUCCUCACUUGAUAUGGUUGCUUUCGAUGAUGGCUCGGUAGUGAUAGUAAGUGAAACCGAUUUAUCAGGUUAUGAAUCAUCACGUGAGUUGUUGAAUGGUUGGGAGAGAAAGAGUUGGACAGACAUAAGGUUGGUUUAUGAGAUUCAGUUAGCUGGAAAGGCGGCUCUGGAAAGACUGUCUUGCAUGUGGUUCUUCCAAGGCGGUGGAUCAAAUCUUUUUAAGUGUUUGAGUGGAGAGGCCCGGAUGGGGAAGAAAAUUGAUGAAAAAGCGGAUGAAAUGGGAAUACUUAGUGUGGAUAUUCGGGUCUUUUGAGAUCAGGGUUAAUGAAAAAUCCAUGGGUUUCGUUCCAAAUAUGCUUGUUGUGUUGUACAUAAUCUAAACUAGCCUUCUUCCAUAAGCAUCUGUAAUUAUUAAGUUACCAAUUUGUAUGGAUAGAUACUUUUGUAUCUAGAAAGUAUAUAUUGUAAAUGACAUUUGCAUCUUAACCAUUUCUUAUGAAUAUAUGUGUGUGUAUUGAGGAUC